CUUGGUUUUGCUUUUUUUUUUCCUCAAUAGCUCUACACAAAAGCACAUUACAAUCACUGAUCCCUAAUGCCAGCCCAAGCGAUUCCCGAACUGCUCGAUAUACCGUCUUUUAAACAUUUGACCUUGUACACUGGCAAUGUCAUGAGAACUAGCGUUGCAGGACGCAGCAAAGCACUCAGCAAAAAAUCGAAUACCGAGCUGAUAACUGCUAUUGACGAUACAUUGUAUGCUUCCCUUGACCGGGAUGAGCCGUCCUUCCGCUAUCAUGAACAAGAGUCGCUUUUGGAGGUGCCUGAUCUUCGAUCGCGUAGCCGGAUCCUGCCGGAAGAUCGAAACGAUGUCGAAGUUACAGCCAAGUUGUUUUAUUUGGGUCAACAACAGAAUAACAACAACGUAGCAUCAUAUAUACGCUCAGGCGUACAGCAUCUUCAAAAGGUGCUUGGAGUGGAUGCGAUCGAUACGUUUAUUGUAUCGUUUGGCGGUCGAUCUGAAUCCAUUACGCCCGCAUGGCAGCAAUUGGAAGUGUUACAUCAACGGAAUCAUACGCUGGGGAAGCUCGGUGUAGCGGAUUUCUCGCAAGAACAGCUUGAGUCCAUUCUAUCCAACCCAGCAGUAACGGUCAAACCCUCAAUCAACCAGAUUAACGUGGGCCAGUGCUGCAAUAUGCCGUCGGCAAUGAUUGAACUGGCAAAGCAACAUAAUAUUGAAUUACUGCAUAAUGGUGACCGAGCUGACAUCCUCGACAUCGAGUCACUCUCGGCAUUAUUGCGGAAGCACAACGUACACGCCACAGUAGCGCCCCAAUUUGUCAUCAAGUAUCAUGUGUUUGUAAAGUGUCGGAGCGUUGUCAGUGACAAGGGUUACAUAGUGGUUGGCGAUACUUUAGCAUAGUACCACAAUCAUCCCUUUAUAUAAGCUUUUAGUAUAAAAAGACAAGCACAGGAAUAGAAAAGGAAAGUCAAAAAGAGCAAAAGGCGAGAAAGGACUUGGCGUUAGUUUUGACGAAGAGAUAUAAGUGUUUCUUGGCAUGGAGUAUGUAUGUGGCGAAAGAGGAGCAAAGGCGGGGUAGGAGGGUAAGGGAGGGAUAUAGUGUGUCUGUGAAGAGUGGAUAGAAGCUCAUCC